AUGUGGAGACUGAGUGUUUGGUGGCUCCUGAGCAGAGUCUGUCUGCUGUUCCCGCCGCCCUGCGCCCUCGUGUUGGCCGGGGUGCCCCUCUCUUCUUGCCACCCGCAGCCUUGCCGGAUCCUGAAACGGAUCGGGCACACGGUAAGGAUCGGGGCGGCGCACCUGCAACCUUGGGCUACCUCCCAAGGCGGGGCAGGAGGCUGGAGAGCUCACAAUGACAUCCCGCUUCGAAGCGACUUUGCCGGGGAAGAAUCUGGAUGGCAGGAGUCCGGGACUCCAGAGAGGUGGAAAACUGGGACCAGUGUGAGAAGGAGAGCGCACCUGGGCACCGAGAACCUGAUCGACAAAGAGAGUCCGGACCAGGCGCCACAAGCGCCUCUAAUACCGAGGGAGGCGCUCCUGUUGGCGGUGGAGAACCUCAACCGCGUCAAGGGGCUUCUGCCCUACAACCUUUCUCUGGAAGUGGUGAUGGCUAUCGAGGCGGGCCUGGGCGAUCUACCUCUUUUCCCCUUUUCUUCGCCCAGCGCCUCCUCCUGGAGCAACGACCCGGUCUCCUUCUUGCAGAGCAUCUGCCACACGGUGGUGGUACAAGGGGUCUCGGCCAUUCUUGCCUUCCCGCAGAGCAGAAGCGAGAUCUUACAGAUGGACUUCGUCGCCACCGCUUUGCACAUUCCAGUGAUCAGCAUCGUACUCAAUGAGUUCCCUCGAAAGAGUCAGAAUCCCCUUCACCUGCAGUUGAGUUUAGAACGUUCCCUGAGUUUUGAUGCUGAUGUCACUUUUUCAAUCUUGGCCUUGAACAACUGGUAUAAUUUUAGUUUGAUGGUAUGCCAAGAAGAAUGGAACAUCACAGAUUUUCUCUUCCUUACUCAGCAGAGCUCCAAAUUUUAUUUGGGAUCCAUUAUAAAUAUCACAGGAAACCUCACAUCCGCCAGUGACCUCUUGACCUAUCUGCAAUUUCAUCUGGAGAACAUUAAGGAUACAACAUCAACAGUGGUGAUGUUUGGAUGUGACAUGGAAAGCACAAGGAGGGUUUUUGAGAUAACCACACAAUUUGGAGUUAUGCCGCCAGAACUUCAUUGGAUUCUUGGGGAUUCGCACAAUGUGGAAGAGUUGAGGACAGAAGGUUUGCCACUGGGUCUUAUAGCUCAUGGGAAAACGACACAGUCUUUUUUUGAAGAUUAUGUGCAGGAUGCAAUGGAGCUGGUAGCUAGAGCAGUUGCUUCAGCUACCAUCAUCCAACCAGAACUGGCUUUGAUUCCGAGUACAACCAAUUGCUUGAACACAGAGGAAAGAAAUCUCACAUCAGGCCAGUAUUUAUCAAAGCCGUCAAGGCCAUUGCGGCCGCCGAAACUGCCACCGAGGCCCAAAGACCACCAAAGGCCGCUGGAGGGGCCAUCGGGGCCACCGGGGCUGCUGGAGAAGCCGCCCGAAGGCCACCGAGGCCGAAAUGGAUUGCCGAAGGGGCCGUUGGAAGGGCCAUCGGGGCCGCUGGUACAGUUCUUAAAGGGCCGCCGAGGCUACCAGAAAGGCCCUCAGGUCCGAGAGGGCCGCAGGAAGACCGCUGAGGUCGUCAAAAAUGUCUCCGCGGCCAAGGGAGACCACCAGCCGUUGGAGAGACCGCCGGUCGCUGGAAAAACUGCCAGCGAGGCCGCCGAGGCCACCAGCGAGGCCGCCGAAGGCCGCCGAAGGACGAAAAGCGAGGCCGCCAGCGAGGCUGCCAGCGAGGCCGCCGAGGCCGCCGAAGGACGAAAAGGCCGAACAGGCCGACAAACGGCUACCCGGUCGGCUCCACGUUCUCACGUCCCCUCGCAUUCCCGGGGAACUCACCGGGGAGAGGUCAACCUGGGGACUGGUCUCCAGACGGGUCUCCGAACCUUCGGGGGUCUCCAAGGCCCCCCUCUGCCCAUUUUCGGCUCCACUACAGCGGAGCUACAAAAUGGGCGUCCGCCAUCUUCAG